AUGAAUAAUAACAAUAAUAAUAACAAUAACAAUAACAAUCCAUAUGGAGGUAUAUAUAAUAAUGCAGGUAAUCCCUAUCAGCAAUAUCACCAACAACCACCACAUAACCAACAGCCACCACAACAACAAUUUCAACAAUUUCAAACACCUGUGGUUCCAGUAAAUAAUUUAGGUAUGAAUGGUUUAAAUAGUAAUGGUAUUAAUAAUAUCAAUGGUAUAAAUAUGAACAUUCCUCCAAUUCUUAAUUCAUAUAUGCCCACAAUAUCACCACCAUUGGCAUCGCCUACAUCAACCAAUACAAUAGAUUUUAUGCCAAUUCCAUCACCAAUUACGUCAUCACUUUUAUCUCCACCUUCAAAUUUAUCAGUAGCAGCAGUAGCAGCAGUAGUUGCCUCGAAUAGCAAUAAUAUAUCAUUUAAUACAUCAUUAAAUACAUCAUUAAAUACAUCAUUAAAUACAUCAAAUUUAGAUACAUCAAAAGAAGAGGAUGAUGAAGAUGAAGAAAUGGAAGAUGCUGAUGUUGUUGGUGAACAAUCAAUGAAGCAACCAAUACCUCCACCCCCAUUACAAAAACCGUUAAAACAAAGUGAAAAAGAAGACGAAGAAGAUGAAUCCGACGAAUUUGACAGAUCAAACCUAAAGAAUAAAAAGAAAACGAUUAUAGAGUACGAUGAUGAAAUAAGUGAGGAGUCAGAGGUUAGUGCUAAAGAGGCAUCAGAUUCAGAUUAUGAACCAAGUGCAGAGUCAGAACCGGAACAAUCAGAAUCAGAUUACGAAUCGGAUGAAUCAGAAAAAUAUACUAGAAAAACAACUCGUUCAGGUAGAGGAGCAUCUAAAAAAGUGGUUUUUUCUGGUAGCGAAGAGUCAGAUUCAGAGUCAGAUUCCGAUUAUGAACCAAAUAAAAAGAAAGGUAAAGGUAAAGCAGUUAAAAAGGGUAAAAAGAAAGUUAAUCAAAAAGCUAAAAGUAAAUCAAAAAAUGAAGACUCAAACUGGGCUAUACCGGCAACUAGGACAAGAAGAGGUGCAACACAGUUACAUAAAACACCAAUCGAUUCAGAUGAUGAGCAAGAUGGUAGUGACUCUAAUAAUGUUUCUGACGAAAUUUUUUCAACAUCAGGCUCAAGCGACGAAGAUUACUCUGAUAAUUCAAGUGAUGGUGGUAAAAAGAAAAGAACAAUAAAAAGACAAUCUAAAAGAAAAAUAAAUUCAGAAGAAGAAGAGGAAAACACUAUUACUCAUUUAAAUUUAAGAACGAGAGGAAAUGGUGGCAAUAUAGAUUUUUCAAUUUUUAAUAGCGACGAAGAGGAUGAGGAAGGAGACGAUUAUAGUGGCAGUAAAAAAAGUUCAACAGCUGCUCAAAUAGUAUCACCAAUCAUUGAACCGGGCGAAGAAGAUGAAAUCGAAAAAAUUUUAGAUCAUCAGUUAAAGAAAGGUGUUCAAGAGCAAGAUGGUUUUAAUGUGGAGAAUUACGAGUUUUUUGUAAAGUGGAAAGGAUGGGCCUAUAUUCACAAUACUUGGGAUGCAUAUGAAACAUUAAUCAAUUUCAAGGGUAAUAAGAAGUUGGUGAACUAUGUCAAGGGUAUUUUAGAUCAAAUCCAAUGGAGACAAGAGGCAUCUAAAGAAGAUCUCGAACAGGCUGAUAUUGCCAAAGAAUUACAAAAACAAGAAUACCAAGAAUAUACCAAUGUUGAACGUAUUAUUGCUUCAAGAGAAAUGGAACCACCACCACACCUACAACAACAACAACAGCAACAACAACAACAACAACAACAGCAACAACAACAAAACACAACAACAAUUGAAAAUUCAUCAUCAUCACCAACAACAAAUUCACCACCAACAGCAAAUUCACCACCAACAAUAAAUAAUAGUAAUACUACAACUACUACCACUAUCACUGCACCAAUAAAUCCAGAGUAUAAAUCCAAUAUUCAAUAUUUGGUUAAAUGGAAGGUAUUACCAUAUUCUGAGGUUACAUGGGAGUAUCCAGAAGAUAUAGUCGAGUAUCAAUCUGAAAUCGAUCUUUUCCUAACACGUCAACAAAAUAAUCAAAAUGCACCAGCUAAACCAAAUUCAGUUGGUGCCAAGAAAAGAUUGGAACAGGGUUUUACAAAAUUGGAUAAACAACCAAGUUGGAUCUCAGCAGGUACAUUGCGUGACUAUCAAAUGGAGGGUUUAAAUUGGUUGGUUCACAGUUGGAUGAAUAAUACAAAUGUUAUUUUAGCAGAUGAAAUGGGUCUUGGUAAAACUAUUCAAACUAUUUCGUUCCUCUCUUAUCUCUUUAAUGAACAAAGUAUCAAGGGCCCAUUUUUAGUUGUUGUUCCAUUAUCCACCAUAGAAAAUUGGCAAAGAGAGUUUGCUAAAUGGGCACCAUUAAUGAAUCUUAUAGUUUACACUGGUUCAUCGACCAGUAGAGAAAUUAUUAGAAUGCACGAAUUUUUCACGAUCAAUAGAAAUGGAAAAAAGAAAUUAAAUUUCCAUGUUCUUCUCACAACUUAUGAUUUUAUUCUCAAAGAUAAAAAUAUAUUGGGUUCUAUUAAAUGGGAGUUUUUAGCCGUUGAUGAAGCUCACCGUUUAAAGAAUAGCGAAUCAGUGCUCCACGAGGUAUUAAAACUUUAUCAUACAACCAAUAGAUUAUUAGUUACUGGUACACCACUUCAAAAUUCACUCAAAGAGCUUUGGAAUCUUUUAAAUUUCUUAAUGCCAAAUAAAUUCACAUCACUUAAAGAUUUCCAAGAUCAAUAUUCAGAUUUGAAAGAGAAUGAUCAAAUUGCUCAACUCCAUAGCGUAUUAAAACCACAUUUGCUUCGUAGAAUUAAAAAAGAUGUCGAAAAAUCAUUGCCUCCAAAGACUGAGCGUAUUCUCCGUGUAGAUUUAUCAGCUGUUCAAAAAAAAUAUUACAAAUGGAUUUUAACCAAGAAUUUCCAAGAACUCAACAAAGGUGUUAAAGGUGAAAAGACUACUCUUUUAAAUAUUAUGACCGAAUUAAAAAAGACUUGUAACCAUCCAUAUCUUUAUGAAAGUGCAAAAGAAGAAUGCGAACAAAAUGCUAAAGAUCCACUCGAAGCAAUGAUCAAGGCAUCCGGUAAAUUAGUGCUCUUGGAUAAACUUUUGGUUCGUUUAAAAGAGACUGGUCAUAGGGUAUUAAUUUUUUCACAAAUGGUUAGAAUGUUGGAUAUUUUAGCAGAGUAUUUAAAGGGUAGAUCGUUUUGUUUCCAAAGACUCGAUGGUUCAAUGAGCAGAGAAAAUAGAAGUAAAGCUAUGGACCGUUUUAAUGCCGUCGAUUCGCCAGAUUUCUGUUUCCUUCUUUCAACUAAAGCAGGUGGUCUUGGUAUCAAUUUGUCAACUGCUGAUACUGUUGUUAUCUUUGAUUCUGAUUGGAAUCCUCAAAAUGAUUUACAAGCUGAAGCAAGAGCACAUCGUAUCGGUCAAAAGAAUCAUGUAAAUAUUUAUAGAUUAGUUUCAAAGAAAUCUGUUGAAGAAGACAUUUUAGAAAGAGCUAAACAAAAGAUGGUUUUGGAUCAUUUAGUUAUUCAAACUAUGGAGAAAUCGCAAACUGCUAAAGCUGGUAGCGGUCAAGCCCCAAACAGCAACCCAAAUGUAUUUAAAAAAGAAGAGUUAGAAGCAAUUUUAAAAUUUGGUGCCGAAGAUCUUUUUAAAGAGGGCGAAGAUAAUCAAGGCAAUUCGAUCGAAGAAAUGGAUAUUGAUGAAAUUCUUUCAAGAGCUGAACAAAGAGAUACAAGUAAUGAACCAACUACUGCCGGUGAAGAGUUAUUAAAUUCAUUCAGAGUUGCCAACUUUUCCACAUCAUCAUCAAAGGAAGACACCUCAUGGGAGGAUAUUAUUCCAGAUAGCGAGCGUAAGAAAGUUGCUCAAGAUGAAGAAAAAGAUCAAUUAAUGUUAUUAGGUACAAGAAGAAGAGUUAUUGAAAAUAACCAACCAGCUCAAAUUCGUAGUAUAUCCGAACCAAUUAUUGUGAAUGUCAAACUUAAAAGAGAUAUUAGCCAAUUUUAUAAUAAGAAGGAGAUUAAACUAUUAAUUAGAUCAUUGAAAAAGUUUGGUACAUAUAAACGUUGUAAGGAAAUUUUAGCGGAUUCAGAUUUCAGUAGCAAACCACUAAGGGCAACUGAGGAUAUAUGCAAAGAGAUCAUCGAAGCAGCUCAACAUGCAGUUAGAGAUAAUUCUGAUUCUGAUAAAGUUCAUAUAGUAUAUAAUGGUACCGAUAUAAAUGCCACCGAGUUUGUUCAACGUAUUCAAGAGAUGGAGGUUUUAGCAGAAAUGUGUACACCAUAUCUUAAAGAUCAUCAACAAUUCAGAGUUACAUUUCCAAUUAGACCUGUGUCAUGGGCUGUAAAAUGGGGACCAAAAGAAGAUGCUCUUCUUUUAAUGGGUAUAUAUAAACAUGGUGUUGGUAAUUGGGAAUCCAUUCAAAAGGAUACCACAUUAGGUUUUGAAAAUAUUAUUGAAACUGAAGCAAAUGGUAUCGAUAGUACUAAAUUAAAGGGUGCAACAUUACAAAGAAGAGUCGAUAGUUUAUUAAAAACAGCCAGGGAUAUUAUGAAAUCAAACAAGAAAUCAUCAAAGGAUAAAGAGGGAGAUACAAAUGGCGAAGAUUUCAAAAUUCCAAAGAAGAGAGGUAGAAAAGCUGGUUCAUCAACUGCAACAAAGAAGAGAAAUAGUAAAUAUUCUGAUGAUGAAGACGAUGAAAUCGACGAAGAUGAGGAUUCACAAGAAGAAAGAAAAGGCUCAGGUAGACAUAAAAAGAAAUUAAAGAGUGAUGAGGAGUUACAAAAAGAAAUUUUAUCACCAAAAAGAACUAGCUUUGGCAGAGUUUCAAUGCCACCAACUAAAUUGGGUGAGAGAUCUCCAUCAAAAUCUUCAUCAACAACUACUACAACUUCAUCAAGAUCAUCUAAACAUUAUUCUGAUGAUGAGUCAAGAGGUGGAAGUACAAGUAGAGGCAGAGGUAGACCAUCAUCAUCAUCUCAUUCAUCUUCAUCCCAUUCAUCCUCAUCCCAUUCAUCGUCAAGAAGAUCAUCAAGAAAAGAAGAUGAAAAUGAUAGAGAUAGAGACAGAGAUAGAGACAGAGAAAGAGAAAGAGAGAGGGAUCAUGAAGAAGAGGAUAAAAAUUAUAAUAGAGAUUUAUUAAGAAAAUGUAAAGGUUAUUUAUCACCAAUCAGAGAUCUUUUACAGAAAUUCCAAGUACUUUCAGAUUCAAAGAGACCAAUUUCAAGGGAGGAAAAGGUAAUGAAAACAAAGAAAUAUCUUUUAGCUCUAGGUAAUGAGAUUUCAGGUAUCGUUGAUGACCACUAUAAAUCACCAUCAUCAAAGAAAGAUGAAUUAGAUUCUCAUCUUUGGUAUACCGCAUCGAAAUAUACCGCAAGUGGAGGCCAGGAAUUAAAGUCAUUAUAUAAUAAAAUGAAGAAAGGAAGUAGUAGCAGCAGUAGUGGUGGCAGUUCAUCAAGACAUUCAUUUUCACAUCAUUCAUCAAGUCGUUCAUCAAACGAUUCAUCCAAACCAGCAUUAAAGCUAAUUAUAAACAAAAAUAAAAAAUAA